UUUGCUUAAAAAAGAAUUCUUCUUUCCUCCACAUAAUACUCUCUUUUUGACGUCUCACCUUCUCCAGUCCUCCCCUUAAAUUUUCAUUUUGUUUCUGAUUUAUGUAAAUUGAUUGAUAUGGAAUCGACGAAUCAAAGCUCUGGUUAUGAUCAAUCACGGCGUAAACGUAAGAAGAAACAACCACCGCAAGCACCGUCUCAGUCAUCGGUUGAGAAAUGGAGAUCGGAGAAGCAACAACAGAUCUACUCGACGAACAUCAUUCAUUCUUUAAGAGAACUCCGGAUUAGCUCCGCCGUCAAGUCGCCGUCUCCUCGCGGCGGAGAUAUAGCAGUACGUGACGCUGCUUAUAGAUCAUUAGCGGUUACGGCGAGAGGAAGAACAUUGUGGAGCAGAGCUUUAUUAUCUAAAGCCGUGAAGCUCAAGUUCAGGAAACAGAACCGGAUGAGAAAUUCGAAUUGUGCGAUAACCGGGAAUAUUAAUAACCGGUUAAGGAAAAAAAGAGCGACGGUUUUGAGGCUGAAGGGGAAAGGUUUGCCAGCUGUACAGAGGAAGGUGAAAUUGUUGAGCCGGUUAAUUCCCGGUUGCCGGAAACAACCGUUACCUGUGGUUUUAGAAGAAACUACUGAUUAUAUUGUUGCCAUGGAGAUGCAGAUUCGAGCUUUGAAUGCUUUAAUCUCCGCCGUGGCGCAGCCAACGCCACCGUCGGAGACAGGUCAUGAUGGGGAAGAGACACACAUGCUCGUUCUAAAAUCAAAUCCUGUGUAUCUCUCUGUAUGCAUGACAACUCUGUCCUUUCCUCAUACUGUCAUACACGUUUACAAUGUUUCUGCCUCCUGCAACGACCUCCCUUUUCUUGAUUCUUUCCUCGACACACCUGACACCACCAAGCUCACUUCUGUCAAAUGGGCUGCUUUGCGCAGUCUAUGGGAAUGGCCGGAGGUCAAGCCAUCGUGGCUUAUCCACAAUCAAACGAGUCUGCAAGAGGGUGAUAUGUUCUUCGAACGAGAACAAUGAAAUGGUUGUGUUGGUAAGUCUUAAGUCAAUGUCUGGGAACAGUUGUCUCUGCCUCAUCAUGUAAAGGUGUUUCCAAGGUUACUUCCAAGUGUUUAAGAUUUGAGUAGAUUUUUCAAACUUCCUUGAGAGAAUCUUACAUCAUUGGAUCUCCUGAGGAAUUAGUGUGUUAUCCAAGUUAGGUUUGAGCACUCAAUCCAAUAAUUAGAUUUAGCUUUA